UGACGUCUGCGCCCGGCCAGUGCGAUCCUCCCGGCAGCACCUGGCUCUUCUCUCCCCACAUCCUUGCGACUGACCAGCCAUGAAAUCAUACUCGUCAUGGACAUCAAGAAGAGUGCGAAGGCUGGGCAGAUGAACGCGUGCAAGGUCAUGGCGAAGGACCUCGUCCGGACGAGCGCUACGUCCAGAAAUUCUAUCAGAUGCGGACACAGCUGCAGCCGUUGGCUCCGGAUACAGACCCUCAGGAGUAACCAGCAGAUGGCAGAAGCCAUGCGCGGUGCGACUCGGGCCAUGGGUGCGAUGAAUCGUGCGGAUAUGAACGAGUUCGAGCGGGAGAGCGCAACGAUGGACAUGAAGGAAGAGAUGAUGUCCGACGCGGUCGACGACGUCAUGGACGACGAUCUCGAGGGCGAGGAGGAAGAGGGCGACAAGAUCCUCAAGCAGGUGCUCGACGAGAUCGGUGUGGACCUCUCGCAGCAGCUAUCGGAUGCGCCGUCCGGGCUGGCGGUAUCCUCGUCUCUUACGGAGCCAAAGCAACCUGUGGCGCUGGGCGAUGCAGGAGGAUCGUCACAUCAUGGUCCCGGAGGCGACAGCGGAGCUGGUGGUGGCGGUGGUGGUGGGAUGUCGGACGAGGACGCCCUGCAGGCCCGACUCGAUGCUCUACGGAGAGGCUGAUUUCCGCGUUCAUGAUCCGUCUAUUUUCUGUUUCCUUGGUUGUCCUGUACUGCAUACUGCUAUCAUAUCCUGACAUCUCAUCCGAGUCGCAUUUCAUGCGGUGGAAUGAAUGGGGCCCCGGUGUGC